AAACUAUUGGUUGUCACAGAAAGCUUUAUUGAACAAUGACACAUGUAUUGAUUACUUUUGUCUCAGGUGAUUACAGAUUCAUUAGUCACCGUCAAACAGAUUAUUUCAUCAAAAAACUCUUGACUAAUUUUAAUUAUGUUCAUUUCUAUAAUUAAUCUACUUCAGGAUAGUUAAUUUAAUCAAAUCAUGUAACCUAAUUAAAAUAAUUGAAUGUUAUUUCAUCGUCAAAAGUAUUUAAAAUGUUUGAUAACAAGCUAAGCAAACACUGAUUUUAAAAAAUUAACUUCUUCUGGAAUUCCGAUAAAUAACUGGUUAGAAAUAAAUGAUUUAUAAAGUCGGAAAUUCAAUGUUCUAUAGUCCGUCAACAGGUGUUAUGGUUAAUCCACAUACUGGACUACUACCAUCUACAUUAGAUCCAAAUCAAAUGAGAAAUCAAGAUUCUCAAACUAUCAGUUAUGAUUUACUCAAUUCAUCAUCGAAUUUAUUAUCUCUGUUAACUCAUUCAUUACAACCUAUUCAAUCAACCACAUUCGUAACUUCUAAUCAGCGUAUCCCAAUCAUUACGAAUACAACUGAUAAUAAUAACGAUAAGAACAAUCAUUUAAAUAUGUAUAAUAAUAGUAACAGUAACUGCAGCAGUAUUAACAAUAGUUGUAAUCAGUCAACAGCACAAAAUAAAGAACAACAGGUAGCAGAAUUUAUUAAUACUAAUCGUGCCAAUAAAUUACAGUAUUUAUUGAAUUCUGUGACCAUAAAUUCAAUAUUACAAAACGGAGAAACUACUAAUCAUAGUCCUUUGAUUAAUUCUGCAACUCAUUCCUUACAAACAGAUAUUAUAGGAGCAGAAAAUGAUCAAGUUGAAAUUAGUCAGCAUUCUCAUUCUCUUACUAAUCAUCUUUCUCAUUCUUACUCAACUUAUAGUCAACAUAAUCAACCACAAUUACAAAUAUUCGGUCCAUCAACAGUCCCAUCGGUUCAACAAUCAUCAAUUACUGGAAUAAAUUAUCAUCCAUCAACCGUAUCUGAGAAUCUUGUUACAAAUGGUCAAGCACAUUAUCUUAUUACAGGUGCACCAAAUGGAACAAAUCCUAGUCAUACAACAAUAUUUGCUAAUCAUAUACAAACCUCACCAGUUACAUUGAUUCCAGAAAUUGAUUAUAAUGCUUGUUCAAUUAUACAUACAUAUAGAAAUGGAUAA